AUGUCGUCAACUAUUGAGCUGAUAUCGAUUCCCGGACGCGGUCGAUCCGAAACGAUUCGAAUGUUGUUGACAUUUGCCGGAAGGCGGUUUACGGACACACGAAUGACGAUUGCACAAUGGCGCGCAAAACGAAAAAUGGAAGGAUUCAACGACGACACGAAACUGCCGGUGAUGAAAAUCAAUGGGAAUCGCACGAUUAUCGGAGUCAUCGACAUUUGCCGAUACAUCGCGUUGAAUUUUGAUUUGUAUGGUUCAUCGAGUGGCGAUCAAGAGAAAAUCGACGAGGUGAUUCGCGAUUUGGAGGAAUUGAAUAUGGCGAUGAAUCCGAUAUUGCGGGCGACGUUGGCGAAAAAUUACGAAGCACGGAAAGAGUGCUGGAACACGUUUAAAGAAAAAUCAUUGAUGCCGCAACUCAAAAAAUACGAGCAACGAUUGGCGGAAUCGAAAUUUCUCGUCGGCGAAAAGUACUCAUGGGCGGACAUUGCGCUCGUCGAGUUCCUCACACGAUGCCAACAAUGCUACGACAGCUUCUAUCUGGCGCACUUCGACAAUCUUCGAACAUUCUGCAGUGUCUUCGAGUCGCUGCCCAAUAUGAAGCCGUACAUUCAAAGUCGCACCGACUCAUUUUUCUAA